CACCUCAAUUUGCUUCCGAUAUCAACUGUCGCGUGCCUUGUAAUUUCAUACGUAGUGCUGCCUUCGUUCCGCUUCGCUGGUUUCCCCCGAAGUAUGCAGUGAUCUCAUAAGUAAUUUCCAAAGGGAUAUAUAUAUCGCGUGCCACGGUCAGGCUCUCAACUUGUACUUGACACUUGGCAUCCAGCGCCAUGCAGCCUGGCGUCAAUCCUGACGAACCCCCGCCAGCGUACUCAGUUCGCAUCCCGGGGCCAUUGCCCUCUCGGCAUUCACCACAAGAAGGGAUGCCGGGACACUACCCCUACAGACACGUUGAUGAUCACUAUUCUCAAUUUGGACCAUCCCCCCUCGUGCAAUCCCAGCCGACGCUUGGGAUGGUGCCAUACCAUGAUCCCCAGUCGGCUUAUUCGCUGCAGGCUGCGAACUCUCGAGCAAGGAGGAGGUUUUGGGGUGCGGCAGCGUGGGCGGUUGGGAUAUUGUUGGUAUCCAGUGGGAUUUGGAUGCUGUCAAGUGAGUGGGUCGACGCAUGACCACAACCAAUUGCGCUCUUCCCAAAUGAUAAUAUGUGAUCUUGUACUUGCUAUGCCCCUGUAGUAUACACACACAAUAUUAUUGUCGUCGCGUCCGAGUCGGUGUCUCGGUCUGA